AGUAAGUCCAUCCGUGAAAUUGCCUUACUACUAAAUAUUCCACGAUCAACUGUUAAUGGUAUUAUAACAAAGUGGAAGCAGCUGGAAACAACAGCAAAUCAGCUACGAAGCAGUAGGCCACGUAAAAUGACAGAGCGGGGGCACCGCCUGCUGAAGCACACAGUGCGCAGAAGUCGCCAGCUGUCUGCAGAGUCAAUAGCUAAAGAUCUCCAAACUUCAUGUGGCCUUCAGAUUAGCACAACAACUGUGCAUAGAGAGCUUCAUGGAAUGGGUUUCCAUGACCAAGCAGCUGCAUCCAAGCCUUGCAUCACCAAGUGCAAUGCAAAGCGUCGGAUGCAGUGAUGUAAAGCACGCUGCCACUGGACUAUAGAGCAGUGUAGAUGUGUUCUCCAGAGUGA